GCAAAAGCACGAGCUCGAUGUAUUCGCUAAUCAAAAUGAAGCCUGAAUCUAUGUAUGUCACGGUCUGAAGGUGGCAUGAAGACAUGAAUCGUUCUCUUGUUUACUCUUCCUGCAAUGAAUCCCGAUCCGCCAGCUUGAGAGCGUGAGAUUAAUGGAAGGCAUGACGGAGGAGUUGGGUGGGCAGUCGGAGAGAGGACAGGACGAUAUCAGUCCUGUAUUACCUAACGACAUGCCUCCGAUCGGCAAGGACUCCGUCUGCGCACCCACAGACCCUGACAAAGAUGACACAGAGCCGCCUCCUGAUUGGCUAAAGCCGCUGGAAGACUGUGAGGAAGAGGAUGACGUGAAAAAUGAUGAAGUCAAGAGCGUUAAGAAACGUGGGCAAAGAGCUAAAAAAAACGUUAAGGCAGGACGAGGAAGGCGGUCAUUGUUGGCGAAUAAGAAUAACUGGGAGGACUGUCCUGACCUGGGCAAAGGCUGGAAACGAAAAUUGAUCAUGUGGGGUGAUGGUAAAUCAGCUGCUUAUUACCUGAGUCCAAAGGGACUGCGUUUUAGGAGCAAGGUCCAGCUUGCCAGACAUCUCCAGCUUGACCUGGCACACUUUGACUACAAAAAAGGAAAGUUUAUGGAUGAAGUUGUUGUUACCAAAAGAAAGCGCCGAAAAGCUGCUGUGACAGAAGACAGCACACAUUCCAGUCUUCCUUCCUCCAGAACUCCCACUCCAGAUCAAGUGACUUCUCGUUUUUCUGAAAAUGUACCCAAAACACCAAAGAACGGACCUCGCAAGCCCAGGAGACCCAAACUCAGUUCCAUCUCACUGUCCACCCCUCCAGCUCCUAAUAGCUUGCAUAUCAGCCCCGCACAGCUCUCACGCAUUUCUCCUGAAAGCCUUCAGCACCCCAGCCUUUCACCUUCUUUAAGACUAAACGAUCUCUCUGCUCAAACUACUUCCCUGCCUCCACUGGCCCCAGUCAGCCCUCUCCAAACCUCAGAAAAUGUCCCUCCUACCUACCUGAAUGGCCCGAACACUCACUCAACAAUCCUUUUUCCACAUCCUACUCCCCAGCUGUCUCGGGACCCGGAUGGAGGAAUGCAGCAGCAUCAUGGACUUCCUCCUAUGGAAGGCUGUGCAAACUGUGGUGUUGAGUUUCCUGGAAUGGGUAAAGGAAAGCAGCUGCUCUGUCCUAAAUGCAGACCAUCAAGAAAGCGUAGUCCUCACAUUGUCUUUAGGAAGGUGGGGAAGGAUAAAUGGGUGCUUGGAAAAUCUAAAAAAGAAAACUUGCUGAAGAAUUUUCCCUCCUCAAGGACGAAAAGCCCCUCUUUUAAAUCACCUAGAUUGAAUGCUCAACAGGAAAAGGGAGGAAAGUCAUUAGGAACUGUAAAUAAGGAAAGUGAAGAUGAUGAUGAAAAAUAUUACGAUGUAAAUGAUGACAUACCCGAAGCUUUUGAUAAUGAUGAGUAUGGACCAAGGAAGCGCAAGCGACGGAUGUGUGGUCGGUGUAAGGCCUGUCUUCGUGAGCAUGACUGCAGGAAAUGCGAUUUCUGCCUCGACAAGACCAAAAAUGGGGGCCCGAACAAGCUAAGGCAGAAAUGUCGAUUUCGCCAGUGCCAGGUUCGGUCUCGUCUUCAGAUAGGGUCAGUUUAUUUCACCAAACGUGCUGCCUUGAUGGAAGCAGAAAAAGAUGACCAGAAUUCUCGAAAGCGUAGCAGGUCUUUGGCAAGAAGGAAACUGAAACAUCGACUGUGGAACAGAAAUGUCAGUCUAAAUGAGGACCAAAAUGACAAGGAUGAAGAGGUCUGGCGUCCUGGCAAGAGAGGACAGAGGAGCAGGAGGAGGAAAUGGGGACGUUCUCUUAGACGAGUGAAGUACGACGAUGUGAUAGAGCCUAUUUUUGAAGAUGGAGGAACAGGUGACCUGGUCCAGGACUCAUAUAUAGCAGAUGAUUAUAACAGCAAUGGUUUUUACGAGUCUGAGGAACUCUACUCCAGCAGCUACAUUCAGAAUGGCACUAAUGCAGACGUGUUUGAAAGUCGUCAUCAGCCAGUGAUGGUGGAAUUUAGGCAGUUUUUUCACAGCCAUAAUGGCACUAAUGCAGACGUGUUUGAAAGUCAUCAUCAUCAGCCAGUGAUGGUGGAAUCCAGGCAGUUUCCUCACAGCCACAAUGGCACUAAUGCAGACGUGUUUGGAAGUCGUCAUCAUCAGCCAGUGAUGGUGGAAUCCAGGCAGUUUCCUCACAGCCACAAUGGCACUAAUGCAGACGUGUUUGAAAGUCGUCAUCAUCAACCAGUGAUGGUGGAAUCCAGGCUGUUUCCUCACAGCCACAAUGUCACUAAUGCAGAUGUGUUUGAAAGUCGUCAUCAUCAACCAGUGAUGGUGGAAUCCAGGCAGUUUCCUCACAGCCACGAGUUGGUAUACACUGUGCCAGGUCUGGUGGGGGAAUCUCAGAUAAUGGGCUCAGCAAUGUGUAACGGUGCUCCCAUUCAGCCCUGCAGCAUGCCAGUCCACCCCGCACACCUACAGCUGAAUGACGUUCCAGUCAACCCCACACACCUACAGCUGAAUGACGUUUCAGUCAAUCCUCCACCCCUACGACUGAGUGACAUGCUAGCCUUGCAUGCAGCUCAACAGCUGAAUGGCAUGCCAGGUACUCAUGCACCCCUUCAUCUGAGCAACAUACCAGGCAUAUCCUUACAGCUGAGUGACAUGCCAGGCACUCAUGCACCUCUACAAUUUAGUGUCAUUCAAGACACUCCUGUGCCUUUGCAAUUGGGCGAUGUGCCAGACAAAGCACCCCCUCUGCAGAUCAAUGAGGUCCUGACCAGCAAUGGUGCCUCACUGAGACUCAGUGAUUUUCUAAGGAGUAAUGGAUAUGAACUGGUUGAGGUGGACACGGUAGCCCCAGAGAUUCUUCCAGAUGCACAUCAGGAACCGGAACCUCAGCUUGAACCACAGACUCUGGAUACAUCACCAGAGCAGAGCAUGCAGAGCCACAGCCCGACAGACAGUACUGAGAAGGUUUCAAGCCAGAACUCAGGACUUCUGGAGAUGCUGAGCUCUCUGCGUCGCACAACUCUCCCUGCACACUGGGUGGGUGUGAUGACCAGAGGACCUGUCCUGCAGCUCUUCCAGUGCUCCAAACUCUCGCCCAUGGCUGACACAGUGCUACAGAUCGAGUCGGACUUCCUCUACCAGAUCAGCGUGCAAAACCAGCCACUGCUUCCCACUCAUAUUAUGUACGAACGCCACCAGGGACGCCUCGCAUCUGUUAGCGAUGUGGUGGCGCUUCUGCUCGACCUGGAGGAUUUUAAUGUGUGUCAGGGCUACCAAAGCUUUGAAGUGAACUCCCAGCAAGAGCCACUGCUGUGUGUGCGGGCUGCGUUGUGUCAGCUGCUCGUCCCUCAAAAUGAGGAGUGCUGUGAGAAAUGCCUGGCUGUGAUUGUGUAGGGAAACGAUCCUUGUUAAUGCCAAGGGACAGGAUGUGAUCAGACCCAAGCCAUGCUUGAUGAUUAGUCAAGAAAAUGUGGACGUUGAGCACCUUCUCAUUGCAAUCUACUGUGUUCCUUUACCACUGUUACACUUUAUGUCAGUGCAUUCAUCUUGUAUGAGAACUUUAGCUCAAUGCAGAGGGUUUGUGUUGAUGUGUGAACUUUGCCAAAACUUGAGGUAUCCAACCUAUUUUAUGUUUUGUGUGAAGUUCUGGCAGUUGCGGCUCUGGCAGGAUAGAUGAUAUUCAUCUCAGUGAUGUCAAGCUUGCAAGCCUGUGCAAGUAGUAAUUAUACCUGGUGAUUUGAGAUUUUCCAACCAGUUUCCCAGGACACAUCCUGGAUCUUUAAAAUAUUUUUAUUUUUUAAUUUAUUAUCACUACUGUGACUGUUAAGUGGUGCUGUAAGAGCUGGGUAGAUUUGAGUGCUUCUUCAGUCUUGGCCUGCUCUGCUCUUCUAAUUAGGAAUGCACGAUCCACUACUGAGUAUUUGUAUCAUAGCUGAUAUUGGUCUGAAACUGUUUGAUAUUGGAUUAGUUUUGACACCUUUUCAGAUCGGAUGCUUGUAAUGACCGACAAGAAUCAUACACAGUAACACAGGACACAAACAAUGACACAAACUGAGGUCAACAUCAACCUUUUUUUUUUUUUUUUAUCUGUAAGCUUCUGCCCUUUGUCAGACGCAUGACUUCAAAAUUCAUCUUUGAAGGUUGUGUUUAUACUUGUCAGGUUUGGUUUGAUUAAAACAAACCCUGGUGCGAU